AUGUUUAGGACAAAUCUAUUAUUAAGAGGGCCGUCAUGGGCCAAAAUCGCAAAUUAUACUAUCAGGCGUAGUGUAGGCCGCCAAGCAGGUCAAAUGUUUAGUGGUAGACAGAAUUUCAGCGCGUUAAAACAAGAUCGAAUCAUGAUGUAUAAUCCGAAUCCAAUAAAACGUCAAACUUUAAUAACACGUAAAUCUUUCCAUAACAUGGCUCAGGCAGCAAUAGUUCCCAUCUUACCAACCAUCCUUUUCUCUAUUCCUUUGAGCAUUCCAUAUUUCCUAACAUUAAAAGUUGUCGCCUCGAGAAUCCUUUCGCCCCCCACUCGGACAAAAAUAACAAAGUACAUUGGUUCCGCAUUAAUGACCAUACCACUGAUGUUCAUGUUUUCAUUUAACAUAGCACCGAACACGCAGAGGUACAGAUUUAUGAUCUUGUGGUCGUGGGAGGAAAAAAAAUUGUUAAACGCGGCCAAUGAAUGUGUGGAAAACGUACUGGGAUCGGAAUCGAUAGUGCCCGACGAGGAUCCAAGAAGUCAGAUGGUUGAACAUGUGAUAAAUCGAUUGUGGAGACAGGGAUUGAAGAAAAAUGAAGAAACACCACCGCCUAAAGUGUACCUUAUAUUAAAUGAUGAAACGCUUGAUGGAUUAUCAUAUCCGUCGUCAGUUAUAACAUUAACGACGUGUUGGUUUAGAAUAAUUGGACAUGAUCAAGAUCUACUCGCGGCCUUGAUGGCGCAUGAAUUAGCGCACAUUGUUCAAAGUCAUGCCUCAGAGUUUUACGGAAUUUCAUUCAUGACCAAGGCAUUAACUAAACUAACAAGUAUACUUGGUAAUUUGACGUUCGUUGUUAAUAAAGAAUCCAAACCAUCAAUCUUUCUACAAAAACAUUCCCAAAAGUUAGAACGUGAGGCCGAUCUAUUAGGCCAGGAGAUCAUGGCGCGUGCUGGAUAUGAUCCUGCGAAAGCAGUAGAAUUAUGGGAAUUAAUGUCAUUCAUCAAAAACUCACCAGACCUACUUGAAAAAAAUGACUAUGAAGAGAAGGUGGUCACCUUCAGAUCUCAUCCGAGCGAAGAAAAUCGUGUAAAAUAUCUUAGAGAAAAUUUAACUCGAUUUAUAUGA